AUGCCAUAUACACCUCAGCCCUUAGUGCGUUCAGGAAGAAGGAUUGUCGAAAUGCGGACUGGUACGAAGCACAAUGGGAUGAGAUGCAGCGAGCCUCUGAAGCCAAGAGACAAGCACUUCUGGCCUACUAACAAAACCCUUGCGUCAAAACCCCGCGAUGUCCUCAGAGCUGAUCGCAGCAAGGCCCAACAGACUGCACUACUAGCUGAACCUGUGCAGCAGGAUCCAAACGGCUGCCGACAUUGGAAACACAAGAGGCAUGUACGCAGACAUCAAAACCGCCGACAUCAAAACUGCCAGCAGGAGAGGUCAUUACAGAUUAGGGCAAGCAAGCUGGAGCGCUGGGUGGAGCACUACCUGGAGCUUUAUGCAACCCAGAACGUGGUGACGGAUGCCGCCCUGGAUGUCUUGCCCAGCCUCCCAGUCAUGGAGGAGUUGGAUGCCCCGCCCUCUGCAGAAGAACUCGAAAAAGCCAUCGACUGUCUCUCCUGCGGGAGGUCUCCUGGGUGGGACGGGAUCCCAUCGGAGGUUCUGAAGAGUGGCAAGCCAGCUCUGCUGCGGCAUCUCCACGAGCUCCUGUGCUGUGCUAAGAGAAGGGCAACGUCACCCGGGACAUGCGAGAUGCCAACAUUGUCACACUCUAUAAGAAUAAAGGUGACCGCAGCGACUACAAUAACUACCGCGGCAUUUCCCUCCUCAGUGUUGUCGGGAAAGUCUUUGCCCGCAUUGUCUUGCCACGCCUGCAGAGCCUCGCCUCCCCUGCAGGAGAAGUGCCGUGACCUGCAGAGGCGGACUCUUCAGCCUCCUGGAGAGGAAGGUCGGAUGUCCCCCAAGACUGCUCCAGAUGGUCAAGUCCUUCGACGAGGACAUGCACAGCACAGUCUCCUACAACGGCGGGAUAUCCGCCGCCUUCCCUGUGAGCAGUGGCGUAAAGCAGGGCUGCGUCCUUGCGCCGACACUGGGAUCUUCUUGUCCAUACUUCUCCGAUUCGAAUCAUUGGAUUCGGACAAGUUUUGCAGCGGUCCUAAGGAACUCUCUCUCUCUCUCUCUCUCUCUCUCUCUCUCUCUCUCUCUCUCUCUCUCUCUCUCUCUCUCAACGUCAUGUUAACUUGA